UCCAUGAAGAUCAUGGUGUUUCUACACCUACAACACAUCCUCCUCCUCCUCUGCAGCAGCAGAAGCAGAAGCAGAAAGACCUGCAAGCGAUGGAAGAUAUGGUGGCGUUGAAGUUGGGGGAUGAUGGGAGCUGGAUGGGGUGAGGUAGGUGGUGAUGUUUCCUAAAGCUGCAUUCAAUGCCUGCGUCCUUUUCCUCUGCACUAGUAGGUUGAGGCCUGCACUGCUCGAGAUCAUCAGCAGGGCUCACAGAGAGAGGCGGUUUCUGCACUUGCAGCUCUCGUUUCGAGCACGCUCUCCGGUUCCUCUCUUCCCCUUCCUCGCUGUGGGUUGUGUGUGUGUGUGUGUGUGUCUGUCUGUCUGCUUACUUGCUUGCUUGCUUCCCUUCCUGUGGGUUGCAGUUGGCUGUCUUCUGGUUCGUUGAGGAAUGAGUAUCGAGCUACUGUUCUCAGCUGUCAUCCUGGAAGCGUGUUGAUGCUGGAACAAAUUGUGCUGGCGUUGCUGGGGUUAGUUGUGCGCUUAUGUGCUUGUUCAGAAAACUGGUCGGGGGUAUGGGAGAAGCUUGAGAGGAUCAGUUUCGGCAGAGCAGAGGUUAGGCUGUUAUUAUGUAGCUAGUGAAGUCUUGGGUGGAGUGUGGGCGAUUUAUUCCACGUCUUUACUACAUGUGCAGUAUUAUUGUUUACAGUUCAUGACGUGAGGAUACGAACCGAGAGAGAAAAUCUGCUUUAGCGCGUAACGUAGUAUACUUGUUCAUAAUUGUAUAGGGGUCCAUCGAGCCGGAUCUCACAAUGUGUAAAUGAGAUAAGCUUUCGGCACUUUGGGUGCACUUUCAGAGCUCGAAGCGUUUUUGAGGGCGCAUUAGUUAAUUCAAUGAAGCAAUUUGGAGCUUGAAGCGAGUAGAACUUUUUUUGGGUUUAGUAACUCUGUUUGGUUGCACCCGGAAGCUUCACGAAGUGUUGCUGUCCACGUUUCUUCACCUGUCAUUGUAAUCGAGGCAGAGGAAUAUCUGGCCAACAAUGUGGACGUAGUAAGGAAUUAAUCGUGUUUAAUCGUUUGAAUGUCCGAGAAAUUACUGCCCUAGUGGAUGAGGAGAUCGAGCUAUAACCAAGGGUUUGAAGAGAUAUGGACUUGUUAUCCUAUUGCUAGAGAAACUACCGCCAAUAAAUGUUUUUGUCGAGUCUCUGAGGUUCUCUACGGGGCCAUUCCAAUAUAAAUCAUGGCAAAUGUUGAGAGUAACCUCGACCUCCUGGAGCGCAUCUUCGUGUGGAGUGCGUUGACUGCAUGGAUGCUCGGCUCUCUUACCUCUGUGACCACAGCCAAGGUCAUUUCGAAGGAGUUUCCGAAUGUGCAGACAUUCAGUGAUGGUACUCUGAAGAGCCCCUGGCGUAUGCACACCCUGUUCUCCGUGGAGUGUCAUGUAUACUUCGACUGGCAGACAGUGGGCAUGAUACACAGCUUCAAGAAAAGUGGACAGCCGGGUUCUGUGACUCGUCUGCUCAGCUGCACCGACGAGAAGCUGGAGAGUUACCGUGGGAUGGACUUGGCCCCCACCCACAAAGUUCCUUCCAUGAGCAAGCACCCUGUUACUGGAGACUGGUAUCCAGCGAUUAAUAAACCUGCAGGUGUGGUUCACUGGCUGAACAACAACAAAGAUGCCCAAAAUGUUGAUUGGGUACUCAUUCUGGACGCAGACCAAAUCAUCCGUCACCCCAUAACACCAUGGGCUCUCGGCGCUGAAAUAGGGAAACCUGUUGCAGCUCGAUAUGGGUAUCUGAUAGGAUGUGACAAUGAACUUGCUAAGCUGCACACAAAGCAUCCAUAUCUGUGUGACAAAGUCGGAGGAUUUAUCAUGAUGCACAUCGAAGAUUUGCGCAAGUUUGCUCCACUCUGGCUCUCAAAAACCGAAGAUGUGCGGAAUGAUCGUGACCACUGGGCAACUAACAUUACUGGCGACAUUUAUGGCAAAGGCUGGAUUAGUGAGAUGUAUGGGUACUCGUUUGGAGCUGCUGAGGUGGGAUUAAGGCAUAAAAUCGAUGACGUAGUGAUGAUCUAUCCAGGCUACAUACCACAAGCGGGUGUAGAGCCUUUGUUGAUGCACUACGGCCUCCCAUUUAAAGUCGGGGACUGGGAAUUCGCAAAGCUGCAACAUUUCGACGACGAUCUCGUUCAUGAAUGCAAUCGUCUGUUUGCAGCUCCUCCUUCUCCUCACGAGGUUGAAAAGAAGCAACUUGAUCGCAAUCAGCUGAGAGCCGAUCUCUUAAGUAUAGAGUGCAUCAAUACGAUCAACGAAGGACUUGUUAUCCACCAUGAGACUCAUGGAUGUCCCAAAAUUGAGGAAACGGACUAUGUCAAGUUUUUGAUGGAGAAUGCACACCAGGAAGCUCAUAAACUACCGCAAGAAGAACAACAACCUGCAAAGAUUCUAUAUUAUCCUCGCAUUCACACACUUUUCUCCGCAGAAUGCACUCCAUAUUUUGAUUGGCAAACAGUUGGACUGGUGCAUAGUUUCAAACAGAGCAAGCAGCCAGGGUAUAUCACUCGGUUGCUAAGCUGCACAGACGAGAACCUCAAGACUUAUAGAGGCAUGAACCUGGCGCCCACCCACAUCGUCCCCUCAAUGAGCCUUCAUCCUCUUACUGGAGACUGGUAUCCGGCCAUCAACAAGCCAGCCGCCGUGCUUCACUGGUUGAACCAUGUACAAACAGAUGCAGAGUUUAUCAUAAUUUUAGAUGCAGAUAUGAUAAUGAGGGGACCUAUUACCCCUUGGGAGUACGGCGCCGAAAAAGACCUGGUUGUUGCAGCCCCAUAUGACUAUUUAAUUGGUUGUGACAACAUUCUCGCUCAACUCCACACAAGAAACCCACAAGCGUGCAGCAAAGUAGGUGGAGUCUUGAUUAUCCACAUCGAAAAUCUUCGCCGCUUGGCUCCUUUCUGGCUCCACAAAACAGAAGAAGUGCGGGCAGAUAAAGCCCAUUGGGCAACGAACAUCACUGGAGAUAUGUACGAGCAGGGAUGGAUCAGUGAGAUGUAUGGAUAUUCAUUUGGUGCAGCUGAGAUCAACCUGAAGCACAAGCGACGUGGCGACAUCAUGAUGUACCCGGGCUACGAGCCCAACACACCCCCGCGCCUGCUUCACUACGGUCUAAAGUUCAGCGUUGGAGACUGGCACUUCGACAAGGCAGAGUGGCGAGACCACGACAUGACCAACAACUGCUGGCAACAGUUUCCAGAACCUCCAGAUCAGUCCACGCUACCGAAGACUCUCACCACCCGAGAAUUCGCCCGGGACAACAUUAGCAUUGAAUGCAUCCGGACUCUCAACGAAGCACUCCACUUGCACCACCUCAAGCGGGGCUGCCGAGUGCCGCCAGUGCAAGAGGAGGAGGAGGAGAAGCCACUGGAAAAAAUAUCCAAGACACAACAGCAGCAUCCCAUCAAUCUGUCUUAUGUGCAGACUGAAAGAGAAGAUUCACGGCAUUCUAGAGCUCUGUCAACCAGGCCUGCCGAUACUGUUGCAGUUGUGAGUCUCAGUCUUGGGAAGGUGGCGUUGUGGACGCUGUUGGUGAGCUGCUUCUUGCUGGUUGUGUCGAGUUUGUUUUCUAGAAGCAAAUCUGCUCCGCAACGGCACAGAAAACCUAGGUCGUCGUCGUCGUCGUCUCACCGAAGGGCCAGAUCUCACUCCAGGUUGAGCUUACCAGGUGAGGCCAUCACUCUCAUUUCUGGAGACUUGAAUGCUUAGAUCUACGCCCACUUCUGCCUCCUCAAAAUCAAUGCCCAACUCCUCCCUCAUUUCUUGCUUUGAAGAGUUCGUGAGAGCUGCAACAAAAUCAUUUUUUUUUGUCGACAUUUUAUUCGAACUCUUAGUGAAUGUUUCAGUUGACAUAGGAAUAGUGAAAUUUUGGCCAUAAAAGCGUUUGGUUGUGUCCUUUGUUUCUUCAUUGUUUCUUUCUCAAGUGAGAUUCUUUUCUUUAUUUCUUACAUGGAUUGAAUACUAUGAUUUUGUGGUUGAUAGAUUUAGUGGGUGUUGAGCAUCCAGAUUGAAUAUUGGUUUCUGAGCACAGAGAACGUAAAGUUGUGAGUUUUGUUUGUCGGUA